AUGAAUAACCAAUACCCUAAUUGGAGGCUAGUCUUUGAUGGUGUUUCAAAUUUGCUUAAGGCUGGAAUUGGAGUAGUAUUGAUGUCACCUGAAAGGAAACAUUAUCUUGCCACUGCUAUGUUACGAUUUCCUUAUACUAGCAACAUGGCUGAGUAUAAAGCUUGUUUUUUUGAAUUGAAAAUAGCAUUAGAAAUGGAGAUUAAGGACCUGAUAGCAUUCAGUGAUUUCGAUUUACUUAUGCACCAGAUGUUCAAGUGGAAUCUAGAAUCCAGACACAUCCCCCACACUAGCAAUGCCUUGGCUGAUGUUCUAGCCACUUUGUAUUCAAUGAUCCAAUAUCCAGAUGACUGUGAUAUAAAGGAAUUCAUAAAAAUAAGGUCUUACCCUCCUGGCACUGAUUCUGUUGCAAAAGGUUCCUUACGCAAAAUGUCCUACAGAUUCUUCUUGAAUGAAGAAAUAUUGUAUAAGAAAAUAUCUGAUUUGGGCUUUUUAAGAUGCAUUGAUGAAGAAGAAACUGAUUACAUGAAAUUGUGGACCACACAUGAAUAG